AGGUCUGUCCCUGCUGGAGUCAGGAGGAGCUAUUCACGACACAAGAGUAAACAACAAACACUUUACGGCAGAAAAUAUGGCUUCUCACUUCAGCGGUGUGCUGCAGUUGACAGAUCUCGAUGAUUUUAUAACCCCCUCACAGGAAUGUGUCAAACCUGUCAAAGUAGAGAAGAAACAAGGCAAAUCUGUGGCCAAAAUUCAAAUAGAAGACGAUGGCAGUUACGUCCAAGUCAACCAGGAUGGUGGGAAGCAGAAGCUGCAGAAAGCAAAGAUCACGCUGAAUGACUGUCUGGCCUGCAGUGGCUGUAUCACAUCGGCUGAGAGCGUCCUCAUCACACAGCAGAGCCACGAGGAGCUCUUCAAAGUGCUUGAAAACAACAAGGCUGGUGCGACAGAGCAGAAGGUGGUGGUGGUGUCAGUCUCACCGCAGUCCAGAGCCUCCCUCGCAGCCCGGUAUGACCUCAGCAGCACAGAGGCAGGCAAGAGGCUGACGUCUUUCUUCAAAGGCCUUGGGGUUCAUCACAUGUUUGAUACGAGCUUUAGUCGGACCUUCAGCCUGCUGGAGAGCCAGAGGGAGUUUGUGGAGCGUUUCCAGAGGAAGGAGCAGGACAGCAAGUGUCUGCCCAUGCUGACAUCAGCCUGUCCAGGUUGGAUUUGCUAUGCAGAGAAGACCCACGGGGAGUUCAUUCUUCCAUACAUCAGUACCACUCGCUCCCCCCAGCAGAUGAUGGGUUCUCUGGUUAAAGGAUACUUUGCCGAAAAACAGGGGCUCAGUCCGCGGCAGAUCUAUCAUGUGGCGGUGAUGCCCUGCUUUGACAAGAAACUCGAAGCCUCGAGGUCAGACUUCUACCUGAAUGAAGCUGAGACUCGAGAAGUGGACUGCGUCAUCACCUCAGGAGAGGUCCAGAAAAUGCUGGAGGAGAAAAAUGUUUCUCUGAGCGAUGUGGAACCUGCACCCCUUGAUGAAUUGUUCAGCAGUGUGAGUGGGGGUGAGUUCCUGAGCCAUGCUGGGAGCGGGUCAGGGGGUUACCUCCAUCACGUGUUCACCUAUGCUGCCAGGCAGCUGUUUGGAGAGGAGGUGAAGGAGCUCACCUACAAGACCCUCAGGAAUAAAGACUUCCAGGAAACGACUCUAGAGAAAGACGGAGUACCCGUGCUGUGCUUUGCGUCCACAUACGGCUUCCGCAACAUCCAGAACCUGGUGCAGAAGCUCAAGAGGGGGAAGUCGCCAUACCACUUUGUGGAAGUUAUGGCCUGUCCAUCAGGCUGUCUAAAUGGUGGUGGACAGCUGAAGCCUUCACCCGGUCAGAACCCGAAGGAGUUCCUCCAGAAGGUUGAAGAGCUCUACAAAGCAGAGCGCCCCCUAUCGCCAGAGGACGACGCUCGUGUGGCCGAGCUGUACCAGUCGUGGCUUCACAGUGUCGGGGAGGAGAGAGCCAAAGAGCUGCUGCACACGCAGUACCACACCGUGGAGAAGAUGACGAACGGACUGGUUAUGAAGUGGUGAAUAAUGCCGCAAUCCACAAUCAGCGGGCAGGAUGUUUUAGCAGAAUUUUACUUUUGCGCAAGUGUUUUUCAGACAUUGAUUACUGAACCGUCCAAACGCACAGUAUGUGACUAUUUCUGUCUCCCUGCAGCGAAAAAGUCGAAUGUAAAGAACGUUUGAUGAGUGCCAACCACCUUUUUAAACCGCUUUUCAUUUAAAGUUGUGUGCCUGGCAAGCUGUAGAUAAAAGACACGAUGCUGAAGUCAAACCAAACUAAUAUGGUCAGACAACUUCCACUUCCGCCACUGAUCGUCCUGUCACAUGCAUGAACAGCAAACAAAUCAUUUGUACGGGACCUGUUACAGUUUGAAAAUGUGAGCUGAAAUAGCACAAAGCAAAAUGUAAUCAUUCCUUGUUUAUUUAACCUUGUGAUUAUAUAUAUAGAGAGAGAGAAAAAUAAAGACAUUAUUUAAUUAUAA